UAUCUACUCAAAGGAGCAACAUGAGGAGAUAUAUGGACAGAGAUGAUGUAUAUAGUAUAUCCAUGGAAUGAUAUAUAGCUGCCCCUUGAGCCUUCAGCCUCUCUCUCUCUUCUCUCUCUCUCUCUGCUUGGUUCUCUUUGUCAUGCUAUAGAGAAGAUAGAGAGAGAGAGAGAGAGAGAGUUGCUUCUUCAAGUGGAGGUGAUGGCGGUUUGCGAGGAAAAGAAGCAGGACACGCGCAUUCAACGCAUAGCUUCGUCCAUUCGCGUGGUUCCCGACUUCCCCAAGAAAGGGAUCAUGUUCCAAGACAUCACGACGCUGCUGCUCGAGCCGAAAGCGUUCAAGGACACAGUGGAUUUGUUCGUGGAGCAGUACACGGGGAGAGGCAUCUCUGUCGUCGCCGGAGUUGAGGCUAGAGGCUUCAUAUUUGGUCCUCCAAUUGCAUUGGCAAUCGGUGCAAAGUUUGUCCCACUAAGAAAGCCAAGAAAGUUGCCAGGUGAAGUGAUUUCAGAGAACUACAUACUGGAAUAUGGAUCUGAUUGUCUUGAAAUGCAUGUUGGGGCAGUCCAACCCGGUGAACGAGCUCUAGUAGUCGAUGAUUUGAUCGCGACCGGUGGAACUCUUUGUGCUGCCAUAAGUUUACUCGAGCGGGCUGGGGCUGAGGUGCUUGAAUGCGCAUGUGUAAUUGAACUUCCAGAACUCAAGGGCCGAGGGAGGUUAAACGGCAAACCGUUAUACGUACUGGUGGAGUCCCAUUGAUGAUGGUAUUAUUCUCUCAUCUUGCUGAAGCGAGUUCAUGAUACUGUAUAUUGGAGGAUUUCAUUCCGACUCUCAUAGAUGAGGCUGCCUAUCUUCUUUCCUGUGGCAAUAAGAUUUGAUUGGUUUACUGGGAUGUGUUACUGUCUUUUUCCUCACUAAGACACCAGAAUUCUGGAGUAAUGCAAUUGAGAUAUUUGAGAUCAAAGAGGUUUCCAAUGCAAAGGAAUUGUUUUUGGUUGUAUCAGCACCAGCUGAUACUUGUACUAGUUCUGCAAACUGUUGUUGAGUUGAAGAUUGAGAAAUAAGAACCGGUUUUUUGACUGA